AUGUCCAACCUCAAUCUCUUUUGUCUCACCGAUAGAGAACCCAUGUCGAAUGCAUUUCCCGUCAAGAUCCUCUCGACAGAAACUGUGGAUAGCCUCAAGGGUCUCAUCAAGGCCAAUAAAACGCCUGAGUUUGACAACGUCGCAGCAGACAAGCUCAUGGUCUGGCGUGUCUCGGUUCCUGUCGUCGCUGCCAACAUCCGCAAUGCGGUCUUCCUGAACGAGAUCGACUACAAGACGGAGCUUGUCCCAAAGACUCGCCUCUCCAAGGUCUUCACAGAGGAGCCGCCUAAAAAAAGCAAUCCACAUCAUUCUGUUCCUAUCCAUGCUCCUACCUAUGCCCUUCAAGUCUCUCGUUUCAGUACACCACUCUCUGGCUCCUUCUACAAAAGAGCUCUGCCAUAUGGUAUCACAGCAACUGAUAUGAAUCUGGUAAUGUUGGGAAGGGUAUUGGACAAGGAACCAACGUCAGACAGGAACGAGACAUUGCGCGGCAUUGUUGAGAGUGACCUCGGCAAGAUUAAUGGCCAUCGCGUGGUGACCCUAAUUGGCCCAUCAGGUUCAGGAAAGACUGCGACGGUGGUCGAUCUCGCAAAGACACACUUUGUUAUAUAUUGCGUGUGCUGCGACCCGAGCACUAUGUCAUCCCCGGACUUCAAGGAUCCCAACUUUGUUACACUUGCGAGGGAAGUCGAAAAGAUGUGCGGGGGCAUUUCGAGACCAGAGCUAGUAUCUUUGAACGACCUGAUGGAGAAUGAUUCAACCCUGAAACGGCUUGUAGGAGAUAGGGUCGAGCUUGAGUUCCUAUCAAGACUGCUAUUCCUUCAGCUUCUUAUCAACAACAAUCCUGAUCUCGAGCCUCUUCAGUUCUUCCAUGAACAGAUUAAUGAAGGAGCUGAGACAAUUUGGACGCUGGUCAACGAGCUGCGCGCGUAUGAGGUGGGGACAAUUCGUCUCAUGCGAGAUCAUGUGCAGAAUAGGCUGGCAGACUAUCUUGCCCCACGGAUACGAGGACUAAUGAUCGCUCUGGAUGAAGCCCACGUCGCAGGAACUCGUAUCUUGGCCGAUAAAUUCAUCGCACCGUCUGCGUUAGGCGGCGACCAAGAAAUCCUCGACGGAAGGAACCAUGUACAAGUCAGAUUUCGCCGCGGGUUUCUCACGCCUCUAUCUGCAACGUUGAGCAACAUGCGUGCAACGCUGGUGUUGCUUGGAACAGCGCUAUCAUUGCAGGAUGCAGACCAGAUGUAUUCGGCAAUUGGCAAGCGAAUGAAUUUCACGAAAAUAACGUGCUUCCCCUCGUUUGAUGAAGGAGACGUGGGAAGCGUGCUAUCGGGACUAGUCGAUAUAUCCGACUGUGAACUCCCACCUGCCAAGUGCCAGGAACUUAUGGGGCGGCCUCGAUUUUCGCUCAGCGUUAUCAAUAAACUUAUCGGCUGUCACUCUGACCAGGAAUCCAAACAAACCAUGCUGGAUGAGGCGAUUGACUCGGCGAUCGAGAACGUACUGACUGGUCUGCGGAGCAAGGUGCGCAGCAUCAUCGAUAGCGACAAGACAGGCGAGACAGUGCGUCUAGUCGGCCGAAUGGUUUUGGCCUACGAAUUUCAAGGUGGCAAGAUUUCGUUCGCAAGUAUUUCACAAUUCGACUUUGUGGACAAGGCCUUAUGCAGGCUUCAAUCGGACCCCGAUGGAACUUGCUUGAUCAUGAGCGAGCCGUUGGUCGUGAAGGCAGUGAAGAAGGAGUCGAAAAUCUCUGGUGUGGAUCCUGCCUUUUUGGAGUACCUCGAUCAGUUUCAGCGGAUUGUUACGAACUUCGGUGUAAAUCUAACAGCAAAGGGAGAUGCGCUGGAACCACUCGUCCGACGCUCACUGCAACGUUUCAAUGGCUUUCGUAUUGCGGACCUUCCUUUCCUCAAAGGCAUCGCCUUGCCCACAUGGUGUGACAGACUCGAGCUCCAGAUUGACGAUAUCAACACGGCAAGCGAAUUUAGAUACAGAGAUAGUGUUCAGGGUGAUCUCGACUUUCUCACCGCCCGUCCGAAAAACAAGUUAUUGAUAGAGCAGUUUGGCACCCGUCGGGAUGGGGUAUGGUUUUUCUCCGACAAUCGUUACGCUGGCUCCAUUGUUAUCAAGUUUUAUAGCAAACCUGUGCCACAGACCAUGCACAAGGAGAACGAAACAUCCAGAGACAUUAGAUGCAGCUUCUUGAAAAAAGACGGCAUUAGCUUGAACCCACAGUUGGAAAAUAUCCGACGCGCAUUUGAGGCUUCCGGCACUCCUGGGAAGAUUUUGGGCAUACUCCGCAUUCAUCUCGAGUUUCCCGGAGUUAAAAAACCUAGGCCAAUUACCUGCAUCAAAGUGAACCCCGCCACCGGCAUUGAAGAUGUAAUGGUUUAUAUCGAUUCGUCGAAUAUGAACGAGUUUUUUUAUGAAGGUAUCAAGGAAAACGAGCAGGACAUCCGCAACCUAAAGAGACUGAUCGAAUAUGUGUUGACGAAGUAA